UUCUUUUAUUUUAACCAAUUCUUUACUCCCUCAUUGCUUUGCUUACCUGUUCUUCCCCUUUAUUUCCGAUUAUUAUUCGACCAACAAACAUAGAAUAAAUCAAAAACCCACAAACCCCUCGAAUCUUGUCAUCAGAAACGUAGAGAAGAAAAAGGAUCAGGCACAUGCACCUCCUGGUUAUUUUGUACGCUUGGAGAACGGAAGGGCUAAAGACGAUCUUUAUUUGAGUAAAAGAGUAAGGAUGAGAAGGUGGUUCUGUUGCACCUGCAAAGUAGAGGAGUCUGAUCCAUCACAUGAAAACGAGCUCCACAAAAUCCCUAAGAACAAUGCUGAUGGAUAUCAGAAAGCGACAAAAGCAUCAGUUCCUGCCAAGGCUGAAGUGCAAAAAGCAAUACCAACUAUAGAGGUCCCUGCAUUGUCUUUGGAUGAACUGAAAGAGGAAACUGACAAUUUUGGAUCAAAAGCAUUAAUUGGUGAAGGAUCUUAUGGAAGAGUAUACUAUGCUAAUCUAAACAAUGGCAAGGCCGUGGCUGUGAAAAAGCUUGAUGUUUCAUCUGAGCCCGAGACUAAUGCUGACUUCCUGAGCCAGGUCUCUAUGGUUUCAAGAUUGAAGCAUGAAAAUCUGGUGGAGUUGCUUGGUUAUUGUGUGGAAGGAAACCUUCGUGUAUUAGCGUAUGAGUUCGCAACAAUGGGUUCCUUGCAUGAUAUUCUGCAUGGCAGAAAAGGAGUACAAGGGGCACAACCUGGACCCACACUUGAUUGGAUGCAGCGGGUAAAAAUUGCUGUUGAUGCUGCAAGGGGCCUUGAGUAUUUGCAUGAGAAGGUCCAGCCUCCAAGAAUACACAGGGAUAUUAGAUCAAGCAAUGUCCUUCUCUUUGAAGACUACAAAGCAAAAAUUGCUGAUUUUAAUCUGUCAAAUCAGUCUCCUGACAUGGCUGCUCGUCUUCAUUCUACACGAGUUUUGGGAACAUUUGGUUAUCAUGCACCAGAAUAUGCAAUGACAGGACAAUUGACACAAAAGAGUGAUGUGUACAGCUUUGGGGUGGUUCUUCUUGAACUUUUGACAGGAAGAAAACCUGUAGAUCAUACAAUGCCUCGUGGACAACAGAGCUUGGUUACUUGGGCUACUCCGAGAUUAAGUGAAGAUAAGGUUAAGCAAUGCAUCGAUCCAAAGCUGAAAGAAGUUCCUGGAAAAGGAGUUGCUAAGUUGGCAGCUGUUGCAGCACUGUGCGUACAAUAUGAGGCUGAGUUCCGUCCUAAUAUGAGUAUUGUUGUCAAAGCUCUUCAACCACUGUUGAAGGCACCUGCUCCUGUUCCUGAGUCAUAGGGGAUCUAGUUUCAUUUGCUCAUUUCAUAUCAAGUUUAGUUUGAUCACGCAAAGAUUUCUUCACCUGGAUAAAGAUCAUUUCUUCAUUUCUCCCCCUCUUUGUGUCUGGUUGUUCAGUCUAUUGCGUGUCAUGUUAAAGUUACGGUAAACUGGGUUCGGUUAUUCUGGCUGCUUCUUUUCCUUUUGUGGUCUAUCCUCGUAUCAAUUUGUGUAUCAUAAUUUAUUUUUAUGGUUUGAAUGAUGAAUAUGUGGUAUGCUAUGUCAACGUAUAGACUUGGUGUCUGUUUUCAUA